UGGAUUGUAAGAGGCAUUUACAACAUAUAUUUCCACCAGCUCUCCGGCUACCCUGGGCCAACACUAGCCGCUGCCUCAGACUGGUGGUAUGCCCGCAGCUACACCAGCGGUCACUGGCACGACAUUAUACAAUCUCUGCAUCAGAAAUAUGGCCCUGUCGUACGCAUCGCCCCAAACGAUCUCUCCUUUAGCACGCCCAGCUCCUACAAAGUGAUCUAUGGGCACGCAACAAAUGGUCGCAAACUGUUUCUAAAAUCUGAAUUCUACGAUCUAUCACAUGGGCGGCCCGACAUCGUCUCUGCUCGGGAUCCCGCCGAGCACUCUGUUCAACGACGGUCGUUGGCCCACGCAUUUAGCGCCAAGUCAUUACGCGAACAGGAGGAUAUUGUUCAGGCAUACCUUGAUAAAUUUGUGGAGAAGAUGGGGGAGCUUGGUGGUACGGAGGAAGGCGUGAAUGUUACUGAAGCAUACAAUUGGCUAACGUUUGAUAUCAUUGGUAAGUCUAUUUGUGACCUCGCGUUUGGCGAGUCCUUUGAAGCUGUUGAGAAAGGCGAAUCACACUUCUGGGUUUCGCUUAUAUUGGGAAGCUUUUACAUCCAAACAUUGGCUAGUAUCCGCAAACGGAUACCCUUGUUCUCCCUACUACUUCCGUUUUUCGUCCCACCGUCUUUCCCAUCCAAGUUCCAAAAACACAAGGCGCUUACUUUGGAGAAGACACGCAAGCGUAUCGCAAUGGGAGAUACCGGGCGUGCAGACUUCUUUAGUCGUCUUCUACGUACUGGAAAAGACAAAGGGGCGGAGUUGGACAUCCAGUAUCUGGCGAACCAAUCCAACAUCCUCAUCGUCGCUGGCUCCGAAACCACCGCAACCUUCCUGGCUGGAGCAACUUAUUUCCUCCUCCGCAACAAGCCAGCCCUGGCCAAACUCCAGACCGAGCUCAGGAGCACGUUCAGCGAGUUCUCACAGAUCACUGGCGAUUCCGUGACACCACUCCCGUAUCUAGGCGCCGUCAUCGAGGAGGGGCUCCGCCUCUUUCCUCCAGCUGGUUUUGGGCUUCCGAGGAUCUGCCCCGGCGCAACUAUCGAUGGGUACUAUAUUCCGGCCGGCACAACGGUUUCAACGGAUCCCUUCACCAUGACUCGUGAUCCAGCGAAUUGGGAGCAGCCGGACUCUUUUUUGCCUGAACGCUGGUUGCCGGGUGGGAUCGGUGGCGGGAAGUCCCAUGAUAACAAGGCAGCGAGCCAACCGUUCAGUCUUGGCCCGAGGUCUUGCUUGGGGAUUAAUCUGGCUCGGGUUGAGGCAAGGCUGACGCUGGCGAAGUUGGCGUGGAAGUAUGAGUGGGAUCUUGCGGAGUCUAGUAAGAACUUGGAUUGGUGGCGGGACAUGAGGAUAUACACGCUUUGGAUGAAGCCGGAACUUAGGGUAGUAUUUCGGAACGUUGAUUCUGGAUCUAAGAGGCUGUGA